UAGAGGACGUUGAUUGAGGGCACAAGCCGCCCAUGGAAGCGAGUCCAAAGUUGAGCACGAUCUUAGAGGCGGGCGGCGACCAUGGUAAACUUGAGGAGCUUCCGGAGCCAUACACCCACUACCUGGAUCGCAUUUCGUGCAAGGAAGGCUACAGAGCAGGAGUGUAUUGGACGUCCGGCGAUCAUUACUGCGGCGAAUGGCACGAAAACAAGCGUCAUGGCAAAGGCAUGCACACGUACCAGAACGGCAACAGAUACGAAGGAGAGUGGAAGAAUGGCAAGAAGGAUGGUCAUGGGACCUUCUGGAUCAAAUCGGGGAGGUACUACAUUCGAAAAUACAAGGGAAAAUGGAAGGAAAACCAAUACGGAGGGAAUGGGACAUACUUUGGACUGGGAGGAGAGCUCUACGUGGGCGAGUGGGAAAGAGGCAAGCGACACGGGAUGGGUGAGCAAACCUACCGGGAUUGGAGUCACAAGGGCGAGGCCAAGUAUCACAUGUACCACGGGAGAUGGGCUAAUGGGAAGCGUGAGGGCCAAGGCCACCUCGCCAUGUCUAACGGGAAUGUGUUUCAAGGAGAGUUCAAGAACGAUUGGAAGGAGGGCAUGGGUGUGUUCUACUUCAAGGAUAAGCAAUCGAAGUAUGAGGGGUUGUGGAGGAACGACAGUGCGGUGUCAGGGUUGUACUCUCGUAACAUGAAGCUGGGGCAGCCAGAAUUACCAUUUGUGAUGGUUCCUAGCUGCGAGGGGUUGAACAAGCAGUGCCUCAAGCUGGCUGCAUCUCAACCCCUUCCACAGCGCUACGACAAAACCACAAGGCGGACGGACCCUGCACUUUGCACUAGAAAAUUCUACAAUGUUCUGUACAAAUCUCCUCUUCUGGAUUGACAUCUACUGCACGUUAGAUGAUGGUAGCCGAAACUGGCUUGUGCUUAAAGCACCUUCGAAGAUGAUUGAAUGCGAGGCGACUGGAUGGUGAGGGGCAUCGAGUCUUUAAGAUAUAUCCACAACCUUGUGCCCUGGCUUGCCUGCCGCUGCUGCAGUCGCAGAAUUCCAAUCCCCAUCCAGAAGCUAUGGCUUGUUAAGAAUUAGAGCAAGUGCUGUAGUCACUCCAAACUGAGGAUUUGAUGGAAUUUUUCUUUUCAUUUAUUUAUUUAUUUAUUUUUGUUAUCUUAACCCUU